AUGUCUUCAGCCGCGGGCCAUGUAGCCGUGCCGCUACAGGCCUGUUUGAAGGCCUUCCUGGCUGCCGAAUGUGCGACGCAGGUGCAGGUGGCUGAGCUGGGCACGAAGCUCGCCCUACAUGGCAUUAAUACUCUGCGUACAUUCGCUUUUGGAUACUCCCUUGAGGAGGUGACUGCCAUUGACCGCAACCUUCGUGACUUACAUGUUGUGGCUGAAGCACAUCUCUCCCGCGCUGCAGUGCGAACAGGGCAUCUUUUGGCUGACAGUCCCGGAACUUUGCAGCUCCACCCAAUACGAAAGCCCUGCGGGCUGCCUCCUCCAGUCGUGGCUCAGGCUGUGAAUGAAGCUUGUACAUUGUGGCCUGGAUACCGUGCCUUGCCUUCCCCGCAGUUGCAGAGCCAGUGGCUAAGGUCUUUGCAAGACCAUCUGUCUGAUUUUGACCACCGUGGCUUGGUGCAAGUGUGCGCUACCUGGGAAAAAUGGUGCGGCUGGUGCGGUGUCAAUAGUGGCAAUGUGGCCGCUCCGAAUGUCAUGCAGGUGAGUGCAUUUGUCCGCACGCACACCAAGACAAGGGCUGGCGCUGUGGCCUUGCGCAAUCGCCUACGCUUUCUGGAAAACCACUUGGGUGUCCAGCUCCAUGCCACAAAUGUUGCGGUAAAGCAAGUGUUACAUGCUCAGUCUUCGGCUCCAAAAGAGGUCGUUGUCCUCGCUCCGCGCGACGUCUUGUCGCUCUGGUGUUGGGCAAAUUCGUGCAACACUCUGGUGUCCUUCUUCGCCAAGUUCUGCCUCGUCAUGGUGUUGGGCAGCAUCCGCUUUCGCCAUGCGCAACGUUCUGUCAUCGUUGAGCUGACCGAGCACGGUGCUGUUUUUGAGGCCCACCGGGGAAAAGCUAGACAAGGAGGCUUUGCUGCCCCACCUUUCCGCUGGUAUGUUGCUAGGUUCACUUUCUGCGAGAAGAAGCUGGACGUGCUUGCUAGCUUUGCCAAAGAUUGGAAGACGGUUGCUGGUAGCUGCUCUUAUCUCAUGCCGGGCAUCAGGGGAGCAACGUUGCUGCAGGCCACAGAAUGGUUGGGCACCGACAUGUCCUCGGGUCAGUUCUAG